AUGGAACCAUCUUCUUGUGACUUAGACGAGAAGCUGAUGCAUUUUAUGGAUCAACUUGAGCUCCUCGAAGAAAAACGAGCGUCCCUCAAUGCGCUGAUAGAGGAAGGAUGGUUCUCCAUGUCCAAGGCGCGAUAUUCAAUGGGAAACAAACAAGUAUCAUCGCUGCAGUAUGCAAGUGAAAUUGAGCCACGUAUCUGUGUUCAUACCCAAUCAUUAGAGAAUGGUGAUGUGAAAUUCUCCACCAACAAGGUCACUCAAAAGUCUAAUUGUGAUACGAAGCCUGUGGAAGAUGUUGGGCCGCAAGAGACAAGUGUUCGAAGAAGAAAUCGGAAGAUGGAGAAUACUGAUAAACACCAGGAACACGUGCAGCAAAGUGAAAAUCAAAUUUUGAAAAAAUGUGACCCAAAUCCCCAGCAAGACCCAAUAAAGUGGUUUGGUAUUUUGGUGCCUCAGUCACUCAAACAUGCACAAUCAUCAUUUAAACAAGUGAUUGAGUUAUCAGUGGAUAUAGCCAGUCUUCAAAGUGCUAUUGAACACUCCAGAUAUGAACUGUGGAAUGACAUGCACAGACUUCAAAUCCAAGGGACGGACUGA